UGUGCUUUUGACAGCUCCUUUUGUCAUCAUGCAUUUUUUAGCUCUUAAUUUUGUACGAUUAAGCUCCGCCGCUUUGCUUUGCAAAACAGUUCUCUUGAGUUUCCUUCUCGCUGCGGACGUUUCUCGCCAAAAAUCAACUACAUGACUUCGUAAUUGUGAUUGUCCGGAAAAGAUGCCAUCACCGCCGCGCAGAAAAGCACACAGAGAAAAACGCCGGGAUCGUGAGCGAAAUCGAUCGGCUGGCAGGGAACGGCGACGCUCAAUUGAACGGGAAAGAAGUCGAGACCGAAGUCGAGAACGUCGGGAGCGAGAUAGGGAACGAGACCUGCGCCAGCGUGAUUACAGAAGACGAUCGAGGUCACGAUCGUUUGAUAGAGAGAGGGGCCGAGAGAAAUCACCACUACCUACUUCGUCCAGGCGAGUUCACACAAAACCCGUCGUUACACAGGCCGACCUUGAAGGAAAAACACCAGAAGAACAGGAAAUGCUCAAAACCAUGGGCUUUUGCGGAUUCGACACGACAAAAGGUAAGAAGGUCGAAGGCAACAAUGUGGGCGAAGUGCAUGUGAUUUUGAAACGGAAGUACAGACAGUACAUGAACCGUAAAGGUGGUUUCAAUCGGCCUUUGGAUUUUGUUGCGUAAUUCGACCAUACUGCAUUUCUCAGUUUAGCAGUUUGGCGGUUUUUGUUCCGUAUUUAUAUUACUAUUAUUCAUUCAUUUGCGUAACUAGUUCACACCAAAUGGGUAUAUUUAAAGUGAUCCUCUACAUCCAAACCAUCCUCCACAAUGUACAAUAGUCACAACACAACACAAACGGGUUCCAUAUAACUGCAAUAGCUACAUUUUCAUAUACACACAAAUUAGACUCCACUACAUACUAAAUUACCACAACAAUGCAAUAGCCAGGACGGAAAUGUUGGAACGUGAUGUUGGGAAGGUGGUCAAACACUAGAAAUGUGCCUUUAAAUAUCCACGUUUUUACUAGAAGUCCCCUUCCUAAAUCCCAUCGCCCUCCUUUUAAAUUUCCUCAAUCUAUCUAGUUUUGCCUGUUGCAGGCGUUCCAUCUACCCAACAUCUCGUAUUCUAACUUUUCUUCAUAUACAAACACAAAACCUCAUAGCUUUUAUCACCACAGUUAACAAUAGUAUCAAAACAGAAACUUUAAUAUACCUCAUAAAUUAAGUAACGACGCGUACACUGUAUGUUUGUAAGAGAAACAUCACCUUAUACAUUUUUGAUAACAGUAACAUAUGAACCAAACAAACAUUUUGUAAUGAAAUAAACUUUUAAAUUCGAUAACAGUUCUACAUUUAAAAUUUUCCGUUCAAAGUGUCCACAAUACAAUCACGUCAGCAUUCAAACUACGAUUGUACAACAAUAAAUAAAAGAAUGAAAAUAACUUCAAUUAAUCAGUUGUUGAAGCAUAAAUUUAAAAUCUUUUCAGAUUUUGAUGUACCGUUAUUAGUUUAUGUUUUCAAUUACCGUUCGAAUCAUUUUAGCCAUUCACAGCAGCGUAUUAUGUUUCAACUAUGUAAGCCUAAAAUGUGCGUAACUUAAUAAUUGAAGACAUAUUGGACAUUGAAACCUGCCAAGAUUAUUACCGUAAGAACGUUAAUUAUUUUAAGUUGUACAAAUAUUUCGGUCUCCUAAAUUAUUUCAAAAAUAGAUUAAGUACAAAAGUUGUUAAUUUUAAUAAUUGUCUGUAAAGAAACAAAUAAAGUGAUGCUGAAAAA